UAGAUGUAUUGUAAAUCGUGAAAGUAUUUUUAGUUUGGCACAGUUUGUAUUCUCCUUGAUACAUUGAUAAAUAUUUCUUAAAACGUGCAUAAUGAGUGUUUGUUUCAUUUGUAAAAAACCUCAAGGGGACAUUAAAGUAAGAACUGUGAAUGCAAAGGGAGUGAAAACUUUACUUGAUCGAGCAAAGGCUAAAAACGAUGUGGACAGUGAACAAUUUUUAAAAAAUAUUUCGGAAGUUAUUGUACAUAUUUCGUGUUAUUACAGUUAUAGUGAAAAUCAAACAGAUAAUGUUCGUCGUAUGAGCAGUUCAUCGUCUUCAGUAUCAGACAUUCUAGGGACUGAUUUUGAUUUUGUGCAUUAUUGCUUUAUUUGCGGAGAAGUAUUCCAGGAUGAGAGUGAUUUACCUUCAAGCCAACAGAGGAGAGUUUGUCAGAGCUCGAGUCACCGCAGAGAACGAAAAAAUAUGUUUCCCGAAUAAGUUCUUAUUUGGAGUCGCGACUGCUGCAUACCAGAUUGAAGGAGCUUGGAAUGUUUCAGGCAAGGGUGAAAGCAUCUGGGACAGGUACACGCACAGCCACCCGGAGCGUGUAUUCGACCACCACAACGGAGACACGGCGGCUGACUCCUACCACCUGUUCAAGCGAGACGUCGAUAUGAUGGAACAACUUGGCGUGCAGUUCUAUCGGUUCUCUGUAUCCUGGCCCAGGAUAUUGCCUAAUGGACUGAGCAAUGAGAUCAACGAAGAUGGCAUUAAAUAUUACACCUUAUUGCUGGAUGAACUCAAGGCUCAUAAUAUAAUGCCACUCGUGACGAUGUACCACUGGGACCUACCACAGAGCCUGCAGGACCUCGGCGGCUGGACUAAUCCGAUUAUUGCGGACUAUUUCGUUGAUUAUGCACGGGUGCUGUUCGAAGCCUUUGGUGACAAAGUGGACACGUGGCUGACUUUCAAUGAGCCGUUUUCUUUCUGCUUUGAUGGUUACGGUGGAUAUGAUGCUCCGGGUGCUCACGGAAGCGGCUUUGAAGAUUACCUGUGUGGACACAACGUGCUGAGGGCACAUGGGAAGGUGUAUAGGAUGUAUCAGCAGGAGUUCGCUGAGACACAGAAAGGUCACGUGGGCAUAACAUUAGAUUUCGCGUGGCAAGAGCCAGCCACCACAUCGGACGAGGAUCAGCAUGCCGCUGAGGUCGUCAGGCAGUUCUUUUUGGGCUGGUUCGCGCAUCCCAUAUUCUCGGAAACAGGGGACUAUCCGCCAAUCAUGCGAAAGCGUAUCGACUACAUAUCAAAACGUCAAAACUUCCCCCGCUCCCGCCUGCCGACCUUCACCUCCGAUGAGAUCCGCAUGAUCCGAGGAUCUGCUGACUUUCUCGGUCUAAACCAUUAUACGACAUACUUGGUGAAACGUAACAGGAACAAGAUAGCCCCCCAGCCGUCUUUCAUGACGGAUAUGGGUGGAAUUUUGUCGCAGAAGCCGGAGUGGCCAAAAUCAAAUUCUACAUGGUUAAAGGUGGUACCCUGGGGAUUCCGAAAAGCUCUCAACUGGGUGAAAGCCGCAUACAACAACCCAAUUACCAUUAUAACAGAGAAUGGUAUAUCUCUAGAACCAGGAUUACAGGACUCAAGAAGGGUUAACUAUAUAGAUGGGUAUUUGAGAGCAUUACAUAAUGCAAUUAUAAAGGAUAAGUGCAAUGUAGUUGGGUAUACGUAUUGGAGCUUAUUGGACAAUUUUGAAUGGAUGAGAGGGUUCUCCGAACGUUUCGGCCUAUACGAAGUGAACUACGAUUCGACAAACAAAACACGAACCGCGCGAAUAUCAGCGGGCUACUAUUCAAAAGUGGCUCAAACAAAAUGUCUUCCUGUGUCGUGGGUGUGAUGUAGUUUUAAGUCUUGUUUAAGUGGUGUAAAUAUAUGAGAAAGAGAAA